GGAGGGACAGACAUCUACCGGAGAGUCUGCGGUCAGAGUCGACUUCUUAUCUGCUAAAAUCAUUUCUGCAGCUGCUUGUAUUGAAAUGGAGAAGAAAGUCACAGAUUUCUCAGGAAAAUGGAAAAUGAAGUCUUCGGAAAAUUUCGAGGAACUUUUGAAAGUGCUGGGUGUGAACGUGUUCCUGAGGAAGAUUGCAGUGACUGCCGCCUCCAGCCCGGCAGUGGAAAUCACCCAGCAGGGGGAGAGUCUGUCCAUCAAGACAUCCACCAGCGUCCGCACCACCCAUGUCUCCUUCACCGUGGGUCAGUCCUUCAAUGAGACAACAGUGGAUGGACGUCCCUGCACGAGUCUUCCGAAGUGGGAAACAGACACUAAGAUCAGCUGCGAACAGGCUUUACAGAAAGGCGAUGGGCCCAAGACGGCGUGGACCCGAGAGCUGACCAACGAUGGAGAACUGAUACUGACAAUGACCGCCGGGGAUGUUGUCUGCACCAGAGUUUAUGAGAGGGAAUGAGGACAUGUUUUCCAAGACUGUCAUACAAUACUCCUGUUUUGUUUCUCAUGCAUGGUUUACAUUUACUCGCCUAGUUUUCUUCUUUUUCAUCCUACUUGCAGCCAGUCAGAUGUUGGUCAGAUUUUGCUGAAACAGUCCAAUAACACCAAAGCUAUGUACUUUUUAUGUAUCAUAUACAGAAAUGUCACACAUUCCUUUUUUAAAGCUAUA